UCAAAAAAUAGGACCCUUCAUCGCAGCAGCGACGGGGACGGAGGGGGCGAAACAUGGGUGGUGCACGGAAAUAAAUAACGGGACCGGGCCGACGUCAUUUAGACCCGAAAGGAGCCGCGGCGCGCGGAGAGGAGGAGACGAAGUGGGUCAUUCAAAGGGGGAAAUAACAGCGUUUGAGUCGGUGCAACACGUUGACACCGUUGAUGACGGUUCGUUUGGACGCGAAUACCUGCCCGGAAAAUAGUCCCCGACGUCCCUCAUUGAGGAUCCUCCGUUCCCGUGUGACCCUCCUGACGCAGAGAGGAUGGUGAUGGAGGAGGGGGGGCUGAGAGACAGAGGGAGGGGGACUCCAGCGACGGUUGACUCAGAGCCGAGACAAAUCCUGGUAGAGCUUGGGGAGCAGAACCUGGAUGCCAUUUGUCUUUCCACAUACCGAACAGCCUGCAAGCUCAGAUUCAUCCAGAAGAGAUGCAACUUGCAUCUGAUCGAUAUAUACAAUGUGAUCGAGGCGGUGCGGGACGCCGGACUGAACGCCGUGGAGCUCCACGCCGGCAUCUCCGUGACCCGACUGGAGAACCUGGUUUCCUCCCUUUUCAACCAGCUCAGCAAGCGCCUGCCCACCACGCACACCAUCGACCCGCGGGAGAGUGCCAUCCUGCUGGUCGAAUUCCUGCUGGCCGCCGUGGACAGUGAGCCUGACAGCCGUCUGACGGUGCUCUCCGUGAAGGCGAUGCUGGCCACCCUGUGCGGAGGGAAACUGCUGGAUAAACUCCGCUAUGUGUUUUCUCAGGUAUCUGACUCCAGCGGAGUGCUGGUUCAGUCCAAAUUCGACAGUUUUCUGAGGGAGGCUCUGAAGCUGCCCAGCGCUGUACACGAAGGACCGUCCUUCGGCUACACACACACCUCAGCACGCUCAUGCUUCCACCAACAGAAGAGGGUGAUGCUCAACAUGUUCCUGGACAUUGUAGCUGACCCUCCUCAGUGUCUUGUCUGGCUGCCUCUCAUGCACCGCAUGGCCAACGUGGAGCAUGUCUACCACCCCGUGUCAUGCUCUUACUGUCGUGGCAAUGCCAUGACGGGCUUCCGGUAUCGCUGCCUCCGUUGCCGUGGUUAUCAGCUCUGCCAGAACUGCUUUUGGCGCGGCAAUGCCAGUGGCUCUCACAGCAACCAGCAUCAGAUGAAGGAGCACUCGUCCUGGAAGUCGUCGGCGUCAAAGCUUGGCCGAGCCCUGAGCAGGACUCUGGGCUGCGUCUCAUCCAGAGAGCCCCCUCAUCCUAUUUACCCAGAGGAACCGGAGAGGACCCUCAACCUCUCCAACCUGGUCCCCGCUCGCCCGGUUGGAAACACAAGUGACGCCAUGUUGCUGUCCACUUCAGUGCCUGAGUCCUCCAAAAGUUUGGCCGCCGCUCGGCGCAUGAACGAGGAGCACGCUCUGAUCGCGGCGUACGUGAAUCGCCUGCAGAGUGGCCCGCACAGCGUGGACAGUCCACGCAGAGAAGACGAGGAGCACAAGCUGAUCGCCCGCUACACCUCCCGCCUGGCCGAGACCGACGGCCACGGAGUGAUACCAAACCGGAGCAUCAACUUUGAUGUGAACAAACAGAAGAGGGAGCUCAUCGCUCAGCUCGAGUGCAAAAACAGGGAGAUCUUGGCAGAGAUCAAGCGUCUCCGGGUGGAGCAUGACGCGGCGUGCCAGGCAACAACCAACCCGACUCUGCUGGCCGAGCUGCGGCUGCUCAGACAAAGGAAAGAUGAGCUGGAGCAGAGGAUGUCGUCUCUGCAGCAGAGCAGAAGGGAGCUGAUGGUUCAGCUCGAGGGACUGAUGAAGCUGCUCAAGGAUGAGGAACAGCGACAGGCAGCGCAGGCGGCUGGCUCCUCCCACGCCUCUCCUUCUAGGCCGAGCCCGUCAAGCGUCCGCUCCGUGGGCGCUGCGUCUCCUCCGGCUCACAUGUACCCUCCUCAGGAUUCCCUCGCCGGGGUUGGCGGUGACGUACAGGAAGCAUUCGCCCAAGGCCCAAGAAGGAACCUGAGGAACGACCUUCUGGUAGCAGCUGACUCCAUCACCAACACUGUGUCCUCACUGGUCAAAGAGCUCCACUCUGAUGAGGCUCGGGAGGAGGAGGAGAGAUUGCUGAACGGGAAGGACAGAGCAGGUUAGCGUGCUGAUCAGAGGACAGACAAACACAGCGGACGGAUGUUUCAUCUCGGGCCAAAGAAGAAUGACUCUGCUGAGAUUGAAAUGUAUCGUCUUGUAAUUAUCGCUAUCUAACGGGGAUUAGAGCUCCAGUGCUGGUCAACCAAUCACGAUGCUGGACACCAAACGGCCGCUGGGUCCCUACGUACAGCUGUGAUUCUGUGUGUCUUGUCACUGUGGUUUGACUUUUGUAUUGAUUUGAACAUGCAUAGCUUAACGAAAAUCAGAAGCCUACUGACUUGUACUGUAACGUGUGUGUGUGUUUGUGUGGGUGUGUUUUCUGAGGGUUGAGUAAGUUACACCAGGAAGGGACAGAAAGGUGUGUUCAGGUGGUUUUUGAACGUUUAACAAGUGUAAGAACACUUCAGGAUGGAAAUACAGGAUGUACAUAGUAUGGUGGAGAGGAAAACUGGGCCGAACACAUGGGAAAGUCAAAACGAGGAGAACUGAGUUGAAAUGUUUUAGUUUUUCGGCACUGUGUGCUUAGUAUUUAUUGCUUUUGAUUUGAUUUUUCGACAUCUACUCAUUCAGUUUGAGUGUCCAUGUGUACGCGAUGGUGGUCCAGGCCUGCUGAGACCACAAGCUUUAAUGGGCCGUUUGCUGCUGUACCGAACGCAGCCCAGUGCGUCUGAAACCUGGAGGAGAUUAGUGCACGGACGCUGGAGUGAGAGCAGCUCGCAUUGUCCGGGCCUCGCUGUGUAUCUCGGUACUGCAGAGGGACAAGUCAAAGAGGAGAUAUCUGAUUUGUGUGUGUGUGAGUGUGUGUGUGUGUGUGUGUGUGUGUGUGUGUGUGUGUGUGUGUGUGUGUGUGUGUGUGUGUGUGUGUCUCAUGUGAGGAAGAGAGACCAUCUGACACCAUUUGCUUUAAUAGAGUACCAAAAUGGGCGGUGUAUCCCAAUUACAAAAGUUAAAGGUUAAGUUUUUCUCAACUUGAGAAUGGGGAAGCACAUGAUUGAAGGAAUGUGGCGGAAAGAAAAAUGUAUCACCCCAAAUAAUAUUUUCCCUAAAGAAUCACAACUAUUUUUUUUAUACUUUCACCUCUUUGAUUGAAUUCAACAAAUAAGGUCAACAAAGACAAAUUAUUCUACAACAAGAGAAGAAAACACAACUUAUGAUUCACCCAAAUUCUACUCAUUAAUCACAAUUUUCUCUGGAUGUUUUUACUGCAAUGCUCCUGGGGUGUUGAUGGCUUUUUUUUCCUACCAUCAAACUUUUAUGUUCACCAAAGCCGUGAAAGGGUUCCAACCAUUAUCGAACAUUAUCAAUGCAAAAAACCAAUGGGGCUUUUACUUUGUAAAGUGUUUCUCACACUUUGCUGCUCUCUGGCAAGCUUCCUCUCACAUGAGUAGAACCGCAACAAGCAGCCCCAAGUAACAGACCAUAAUAUCUACCAGGUCAGGUGUAUUUAUUUUAAUCUGGCACAUGUGAAAUAAUGUCAGAAAUACGUUCUUAGUAUUUCAGCGUUUUGCUUCCAGCUCACUGGAAGCUUUACUUAAUUAUUGUACAUUUUUGGAUCAGAUUUUAGUUGUACAUUUAUUUUCCUUUCAGCCUGUUUGUUGUUGUUUGUCAGACUGCUUGCAUUUGUGAUUAUCAUUUUCUCUGAUCAAAUAAUUGUGUAUGAGAUUAAAUACAUGAAAUAACUCAUGUUUUAAUGUGUGUGUGUGUGAGACGAGAGCGAAAUCUUGAUUGACAGGACAGCUGUGUCCUGACAUGAAACUGUAAACACGCCUCUGAACCUGCCUGAGCUGACUGCGAGUAAAAAAGCGUGUUUCCUCUGGAAUAAAUAAUAUUUAACGUUAAA